UUUUGUAUUGAAUAUUUUUUCUUCGGCUCUCCAGCCAAAAUUUUUGUACUAUUUUACUUUGAAUGCUGCUAUCAAUAUGCUAAUACUUUACAUUCUUCUUUAUUAUUAGGGAUAUUUUCAUUUUUGACUAGUGAAAGAACCAAAAAAUAUUAAAUUCAUCUUAAAGCUACUAAUUUCUGGUUAAGCCGAGAUCAAUACAUAAAGGUGGCAUAUAAAUUUGGAAUAUAUAUGAAAAGCCUUUUGUGGGCAUUUCUAGAGCAUGAAAAACAGCGUUCACGCUUAACUGUCAAUUGAUACAUUUUUUACAUCAUGAAGUUCGGAUUCGUUUUUUAUUAAAACUGGAAUAGUCGUUAGGUCAUCUGAGAACGAAAUUUUUAGAGUGUAAAAAAUUUGAAGAACAAAAAAAAACAUCAACAAGAUUCAAUACAAGUGUGUUUAAUGAGAGAAAAUUUGAAUUGAAACUGGAAGAAAAUAUCUAUCGAAAUAUAUUACUUAUAUCACUUACUUCAAACAUAACAAUGAAAUUUCAGAAAAAAAUUUCUAAUGUGGGUUUGCCAAUACUCUGCUACUAAUAGGAGGUAGAAGUCAGAAAUGAAACUGAAAUUAUGGUAAACUUUUCCAUAAAAAGUUUUUAUAAGUAUAAUAUGUAAGUUCUUUUUUUAUUAUUAAUCUUAGCCAAAAUUAUAUAUUGCAAUUAUCAAUGUUAUUUAAUUUAUAUAAUCCUGUACUGUACUGAAGUUUAAAUUUUGAAAGAAGUUGACACCACGUCCCUUCAUGAAACAAAAAUUAAGAAAACAACUGAGUUAUAUUUGAGUUCCUGACGGCCAGCUAAUAUUUCAAUACUAUCGUUAUGAAGGGGCUGUGCAGCAUUCUCAACUAGUUAGAGAAUUACAAAACAAACACUCAUAUAAAAGGUUUGCCACAUUUCAUACAAAUGAAAUAAAAUAAUUAUUGACAUCAUAUAAAUCAUAUGUUAAAAAAUAAUGAGACACGAGGUUAGUUUUAAAAUUUAUAAUGUACCCUGAUUAAAAAUAGAUAUACAUAUUAGUUGCUGUUACAUUACGCAAUGAAGUUUUCCACUUCGCUACCAUUUUGAACUGAAUGUAUGUUUGAAAGAAUUAUUGAUAAUAGAAUAAAUAAUGUAAUGUAAAAUUAUGUAUAACGAAGGUUAAUUUUAUGUUUAGUUUCAAUAUAUUUACAUAAUUAAAUAUUAAAAGCGCAUAAUUCAAUAAUAAUGAAAUGAAGCUUUAAAUACAUACAUAUCAAAAUGCAAUUACACAGAUAUUGUGGCAUUCGUUUUUUUUAUCACAAUUUUAUUUGACAAAUUUGUAGUGUCGCAAAAAACAGAAAAAACAAUUGGAGUGUGCAAAAUAAUAAAAAUAUCAGUAUUUAACACAACUGACAGUUAUUUAUCAUGCUAUGUUAAGGUAUGUACGUAUUUAAUAACAAGCAUGUAUUCAUGUCAGCCGUAGUGUGGAAUGUGUUGAAGGGUUUGAGUUGCUAUAUGUCACUCAAUUGUGUUUCCUACAAUUGAAAAAAAAGUGUUCCUACAAUUUUGUUUACAAACAUUAAACCGCUUUUGAAGAAAUUACAAUAAAAAAUAUGGCAGAAAAAACUAAGGGUACGGAUAAUAAAGAAAAGCGUAGAAAAGAAUCAAUUCUUGACCUUUCAAAAUAUUUGGAAAAAAAUAUUAGAGUAAAAUUUGCUGGAGGCAGAGAAGCAGCAGGAGUUUUAAAAGGAUAUGAUCCUUUAUUAAAUUUAGUGCUUGAUAAUACAGUCGAAUAUCUUCGAGAUCCUGAUGAACCAUUCAAAUUAGCGGAUGAAACUAGGAAUCUAGGAUUAGUUGUUUGUAGAGGUACCUCCGUAGUGUUAAUUUGCCCACAGGACGGCAUGGAACCUAUACAAAACCCGUUCAUUACUCAGGAUGCAUAAAGUGUCAAUAUCAUUCAAAACACAUUUUUAAAAAGCAAAUAAAUAAUUUGUGUAUAUUAUAAUGAAAAUAAAUAACUAAGGUAAGAUUACAAAACAACAUCAAAACGUAAUG